UGUGGGGGGAGCAUCAGCUUUCCUUUCGACAAGUGACAGCUCCAACGACCGAGUCCGCUCCUUUUGCGUUUAAACCCGCUCGAUACCCAUCGGUCGUCUUGCAGCUUCUCAAUCUUGCAGUACUUUGGAGUGCACGCACUGGGUCAAUCUCAAAGUUGCUACGCUAGGCUACAGUCCUCGUUCUCGACCCUUUCACGUCACGCACGACCCGCAAACCAUUUCAAACGUUCAGAGGCUAGCUCAAGGCUGUGUUCACCAGUUUUCCACGGGAGAUCAGUGAGCGGACGACCUGAGAAUCCUCUCCGUUGAGGUGUUGCUUCGAGACAAAACGCUUACUUGGACAUCAUCCCGCCCCUGGCACUCCCAUUGCCUUAUCACCAUGCCGGUACCACCCAUGGACGUGUUCGGGAUAGUCUACCUCAUAGAGAAUGCACAGCAGUUCUGGUCAGAGUUGGAAGACAUCCUGCACAUCGCGGAUGGUCUCACGCUUGACCGGCUGGACUCGACGUUGAGACGCUUCAUCUCCUUUUGUGCAGCAUACCAUGAACAGUACCUGCAGAGCCCAUGGCAGAUGGAGCAUGCAUUUGACUUCUUGGUCGCCUCGGAGCUCUUCACCUUUCACUCGGAGCGUAUGUCUGAGAUACUCUUAGAGGACUCGCAGCAGGCCACCGACCCACAUCAGCAGUUCAUCAUAUACAGUGUUCUCCUCGCAUAUGGCAGACGAAAUCCGAACUUUCUGCGUGCGCAGAAACGGUGGCAACCCCUAAUACCACUCCUUAUGGACAACGUCCUGAUGGACAUUGAUCCCGAUGUCGAGGAUACGUUCUCAGGAUCCACAUCUGGCACGAGCUCGGGUGUCCCUCGGGCGAUUUCAGUGCCUAUUGAAGCGAAGCUUCGUUCUUUGUCCGUCCGGCUGCUCUAUGAAGUGUGUAGGGUUCAGAAGAUGUCAUUGCAGGAUCUAGGGAUCUUCUCGGACACCUUCAUUGACUACCUUUUUGAGCUGGUCGAACAGACACGGCAUAUGCAGGAUGAUACUUUCAACUACUCUGUGAUCAAGUUACUGGUUGCUCUGAAUGAACAAUUCAUGGUUGCUUCACUUCACUCUGGCUCCGACGAUGGCAGAUCCUCGCACUCGGAUCGCCAUAAAUCAGAGAAGCCAGAGCAUCAGAACCGCGUGCUUCGAGUGCUAAUGGCACGUUCCGGCUCCAGCAUGACAUUCGGAGAGAACAUGAUUUUCAUGCUGAACCGUGCAGAUCGGACGCCGGAGGAUUUGUGCAUGCAGCUUCUCGUCCUCAAGCUGCUGUUUCUUUUAUUCACCACGAAGGGCAUGUCAGAGUAUUUUUACACCAAUGAUCUAUGUGUCCUGGUAGACGUAUUUCUCCGCGAAAUCGGAGACAUCGACGAGGACAACGAGUCGCUCCGCCAUACGUAUCUGCGCGUACUGCACCCUCUUCUCACCAAGACACAGCUCCGAUCCAUGCCGUACAAACGCGCACAGAUUGUACGCACCCUCGAGUCGCUCAUUGAGCAUGAGUCGAUUCGGGACGUCGACCCGACGACCAAGCGGCUCGUUAACCGCUGUCUCUCAGGCGACUGCACGUUCAACGUCGAGCGCAAACCCUCGCUCCGUGGGAAGAACGCCAUGGCGAGCCGGAGUGCAGAGAAUCUCCUACACCCAAACCAAUCGAGAAUGAGGUCGGGAUCUGGGGUGCACAAAGAGAAGGGCCAUUCGAGCCGUGCAGGACAUCCGGAGCCGCAGCGUCAGUCGAGUGUGGAUAGCAGUGCGAGCUUGCCGAGGGUCGCCGUUGCGGCGAUGGGCACCACUUCCUCCGCACCGCGGCGGCGGGAGCGUACGGGUUCGAUGUGCGGGGACCCAGCAGCGAUGGCGACGUUCUCGUCACUUUCGAUCCACGAGCGAAAACACACGCUCACGGACGUGACCACGCUGCAGCAGGAGCCAGUUGAGAUGCACGUCGCAUCACCGCAUAUCCGGGUCGAAUGCCCAACAACCGCUACGGAAUCUCCAGACUCGCCCGUGUCGGCAACUUCGUUAUCGUCGGCAGCGUCGACCACGAAGCCGCAUCGGAGAGCUGCGCCUGCGCCACCGUCGAAGCGGCGGAAGCCUCCAGCUGUGCCUGUGGGCCGGAAGCGCGAGAGCGGGACGAUCACUGCUCUUGCCGCUGCAUCUUCUCAGCCUUCCUUGACUUCUUUGUUGCCGCAUAGACACUUACCUCAGCUAGUCAUCUUUUCUCGUGCAUUCCUCUCUUCUAUUCCCCAGCGCGAUCAAAUAAGAUUGAAGCACACUGAGCUCUUCGCCUUGGAUAACCCGAUUUUCCGUCCUGGCUAUGCAGAGACCUCAAAAUGUCAUGCCAACAAGUGGCCAGUGACACUUCUCAUACCAGUUGCCGACGCCCCCGCUUCUCUCGGCUGUGCAGAUUGA